AUGCUGAACAGUAUCGAAUCAAUUGAAGACGAUCGAUUAGCUGCCAAAUGUUACGUUGAAUUAGGCGAUGUUACCAAAGAAAAAGGUGAAUAUGAUGAAAGUCUUUGUUAUCAUCGAAGAUCAUUGGAAAUAUAUGAAAGAAUUGCCGACACACUUUGUGUAGCUGACAGCCAUUUAAAUAUCGCUGCAGUUUAUAAAGCUAAAGGCGAACUGAAACAUGCUAUGUACGAAUAUGAAAAAGGAUUGGCACUAUAUGAAGAUGUUAUGAUCGAUGAUGCAUCGAAAAACAGCGAUAGUGGUAUUGAUGUUUCACUCAGCUCGUCAUGUUUUUCCGAUCGACAACAUACUCGAACUCUUAGCAAGUCCGAUGAUAAUUUAUCACAAACAACAUUUAUAGAUUUUAUAGACAAAGAUAUGCAACCAUCAUCAAAUGAUGCCAUGAGUACGUCGGUAUCUGCUUCGGAUUUGUUCUUUUUUCCGGUUAGAAAAUGUCCUAUCCCGUCAACGGCACAUACCAAUGAUUCAUUUGUAUGUUCAUCGGAAAGCGUGACACGUGAGCUAGUGAAAGUUCUUUCUUCGUCACACGCAUCUGACAUUGACUACAUCAGUGAGGAUGACACGUUAUCUUCGCUUCGAUCAUCAGAUCAUGUUUGUGAAACAACAUUUGAAGAAAAUCAUGUUUUGAAAAGAUUCGCGCUUCGUCAAACUUCAGUCGAGUCAAUUAACCAAGAUUUCUUAGUGUUAAAUACAGAACCAUCCAGACUCGAAAAAACAACAGAAGAAAUCAAUAACUAUGAUAAAUCAACCGCUAUUGAAAAACAGACAACGCCAUGGUAUUAUCCUCUGAAGAAAAAUCUUGUGAUCAUUAUUCUUAGUAUUCUUCUUGCUGUUAUUCUUUUCUGGCCCCAACGUAAUACUACCGUGAAAACAACGCUAUCGUGCCCGCCGAAUACAUUUUCGGUGCAUAAAAAUUCUCGUAGUUAUCACCGCGAUGAUUUAAAUCAACAACUUCGAAAAAUUCUACCUUUGCAAAAAGAUCAUCUUCAAUCGCUUCCAAAAAGUAAACGACGAACAAUCGAAGCAUUUUUAACUAAUUCAAAAAAUCGAACUAAAAUAACUGUGGAGAAAUUUCAACAAAUAUUGGACAUGUUGGACUUGAAAAUACUUUUGAUUCCAAGAUGA